UGCGUAGAAUCAAGACCUCCAGCCUGAGAAGGCUGGAGCCUGACGCAUGCGUAAAAUCAACACCUCCCGCCUGAGUUUGGUUCGGCUUUUCCCGUUCGGCGCACGCGCGAGAGCGGUCUCUCGCUUCCCCCCACCCCCCACUAGCCCUCCGGGAUCGGGGCGUAAGAUGGGGGCGGUGCAGUGGCAGUAGCGGAAGUUCACAGGUGAGUGAGCGGCAUGACAGCUCCUCACCCGUGGCGCUGAUGCCGGAGUGUCGACGGCCGCGGCGCUGGUGACACUCACCUACCUUGUCCGAUAUUAAACAUGAAAUGUUUGAAACACUGAGCGAGUCAGAUAAAAUCUGUAGAAAAAGAGAUGACCUUUCAAGACUGAGAGCCAUAAUCAGAAAGUGAAAAGAUCUAAUUCUGCCUUUGCUGGAGCCUCAUGUCUGGCCAUCUCUAUGGUUUGCCUGAAGGAAAUGAUUCUAUGAGCUCCCUUCGCAUAUCCAUUGGUGGUCUUCCUGUUAUAGCUUCCAUGACAAAAACAAGAGACUCUCGUUUUCACCUAAAAUGGAAGGCUAUACUAGUAGCUGCUGUCAUUCUCUUCAUACUAUACAUGGUAUAUUUUCACAAAGGAUCCUCAAAUAAUUCUCAUCUGCGAAAUGUCCACAACUGGCAGAUUGAUAAUUUUCCGAGGGACAGAUACAACGACACGUACCCUCUUUCACCCCCGCAGAAAACGCUGGAAGGCAUCCGAUACCGUAUCGGCCUGAUUGCUGACCUGGACACCAGCUCAAAGAAUGAAUUGAACACUUGGGUCAGUUACUUAAAGAAAGGCUACUUAAUUUUAUCAAACAGUGGUGACAAGGUGUCUGUAGAAUGGGACAAAAAUGACUCCACUCUCAAAACACAUUUGUCAGAAAAAGGACGUGGUAUGGAACUGUCAGAGCUAAUAGCAUUCAAUGGAAAGCUUUACACUGUGGACGACAGGACGGGAGUAGUGUAUGAUAUUGAUGGGGACAAGGCAGUCCCUUGGGCCAUCCUAUCUGAUGGUGAUGGGACUGUUGAGAAAGGCUUCAAAGCUGAAUGGUUAGCAGUAAAAGAUGAGCACCUUUAUGUAGGAGGACUUGGUAAGGAGUGGACUACCACCACAGGAGAGGUAGUCAAUGAAAAUCCAGAGUGGGUGAAAGUUAUUGGCUACAAAGGUGAUGUGAAUCAUGAGAACUGGGUGCCUCACUACAAUGCUCUGCGUGCAGCUGCCGGCAUCAAGUCUCCAGGAUAUCUGAUUCAUGAAUCUGCUGCGUGGAGCGAUCGGCUGCAGCGCUGGUUCUUUCUGCCACGGCGAGCCAGCAACGAACGCUACAACGAAAAAGAUGAUGAGCACAGGGGAACAAACCUCAUUAUUAAAUCUACUCAAGAUUUCAAAGAGGUCUCAGUGAGCAAGAUUGGAGAGGUUAACCCAACACGAGGAUUCUCCUCCUUCAAGUUCAUUCCUGAUACAGACGAUCAGAUCAUUGUGUCACUGAAAUCUGAAGAAGAUAAUGGGAAAAUAGCCACCUACAUUAUGGCUUUUACUUUAGAUGGACGCUUCCUUUUAGAGGAAACUAAAGUGGCUGACAUAAAAUAUGAAGGAAUAGAAUUCAUAUAAGAUUCCUCCUAAUCAAAAGUGUUAGGAUUUGGAUCAAAGUGCUACUGCUUCCAAGAAAAGCAUUUCCUAAUGAAUGUUGGUUUCUUCUUUAGAAUGGUUCUUGGUUGCUUUUAAUCUGAAGUUGUGUUCUUUUAUAAUACCCUGUUUGUUUACAUUAAAGAAACUGAAUCCGAGGUAUUGCAAAAUCAGCACCUCUGCACUCUUCUUGAAGAUAUUUUUCACAUUUUCUUGUCAUAAUUAAAAAUAUAUAUAGCUGGGAUGUUGCCUUGUAUUUACAUGCCAUAAAAUCUGCAACCGUGCCAUAAAGUUUACUUGUCCCUUUCCCUCAGAUCAAAGCUGAUUGUUUCGGUAAUCAGUGAAUUUGUGAACUUUAAACUUAAUGAAGUUGCAUAUCUUAAAACCAGAAAUAAUUAGUAAAAUUACUAUUUCACAUGGAUAAAAUAUCAAUUUGCAGGAUAGAAUAUCAGCCUCGGUAAAUUGCUGCAUGCAAGCUGUGGCCACUGCAGUCUGUAUGUGGUAAUGGAUGGUAGGUGGUGACUGGACCAGCGCUCAAAUACACUGAUGUACUCGAGAUAUUCGUAAGCUGGAAUCAUCCAGGCAGUGUGGGGAACAGUGGUUUACUCGUCUGUAAAAUUAAAACCUAGUCCAAAUGUGAUCAAAGCCUGGAAUGCGAUUCUCAAUCAUGGCCACAUCUCUCCUGUAAAUAUAAUCAUCUCAGAUGUGCAAUUGAAACAAUUUGUAUUUUUAAACGAGUAUUAUUCAAAGAAUUUACAGAAAAAGUAUUCUGAUUGCUUAAGAACACUUCAGUGCUGCCAGUGCACCUUAGUUUUGGUGAAGUUGCACUCAAUGCUACCAGAAUGUAAUGUAUAUUUCUAACCAGACUUAGGAUCUCGGGGUAUAUGACAGUGUAUCUAUUUCACCAACAUGACGUAUCCCACUCAGUCUCCAUCACAGAAUCCUCUGUGUUGAAUACUGCUGCAAUUGGCCUAUGCCCCAUUCUUAAUAGAUGUUCUUCCAUCUAAUAAGUCAAUGAAGCCUACCUUGGCAUAUCAUGAACCCAUUUGCUUGUUCCACGGGGUGUAUGUAUUUAUACUGUGUAGUUCAGUGUACUUUAGGAAGAAAACAGGCAAAUAUCGUUCUCUUGUGCAGGUCUCUCACUCUCUCUUUCUUCUCAAGCCAUUGACAAUUGUUGAUAUUAGUGUAUUAGGAAGAGCCACAGUUUUAUCUGACCAUGGAAAUUCCGUGCUUUGUGAAAUUAUAUCAGAUGCCCAUCUUCCUCAAGUUCUCAUUGAGCUUUGUAAAAUGUUCAGAAGAAAACCACCAAAUACUGCAACAUUACAGAAUUGUUUAUCAAUCUAUAUUUUUUCAUCGUACCGAUCAAUGUCUUUUGCAGUUCCUGAUGAGUCUCAUGAAUUGUAUUGUAUCCUGUGACUUCCAUCUGGUUUAGUCUUACACAAAUUUGCUGCAAGUCUGCACUUCUCCCUACACUCGACCAAGAACUUGGCAUCUUUUGCAGCCUCUUCAAUGCCCUGGAACCUCAGUACACAUUGGAAGACACUCUAGUAUGCAUGACCUGACUAUUUGGGUGUCGAUUUUAGUCCAAGGGCAAGUACUAUUUCCAAUCUGUAACCCAGGCUCAUUCAUCUAAAUUAGUUGAGUCAAGUUCAAAGUAUUUACAAACAGCUUUAAAACGUAAUUCAUGAUUAUUUUCCCUGAACUUGCAUUGGUGCUAUUGAGAUUUUGACUGGGUUUAAACUCUUGGACAACGUAAUGGCAAGUUAUUGCCAAUUAAUACAUUUUAUAGUUGGCCUUCCCCAUGUCAGUUAUUGAAGGAGGUGCCUGUGGGAAUAAUACAUCAUUACUCUGAGAAGUUAUUUUUUGCUUAUUUUCUUCCACUUGAAGUUGUACUCUGGAUUGAGUAGCACACCACUUGCUAAUACUCAACCAUAGGUAGCAUUCACAUUGACAAGCUGUUGAGCUAUCUCAAGAGGCACUUCUAGAGAUGGUUUGGAAGACUUGAAUAUCCUUACUAGUAGAGACGUGCAUUUAUCUAUGAUUUCUUGUAAGCAGUUAUAUUUUUAAAAUUCUUUUAAAAUCAUGUGAGGUACGACUAACUAGACUCUGCACAUUGAGUAAUGCUUUCCAAUCUGCCACUGCAGGCAUGAAUUGCCCUUUAUUUGCUCUCAUAAUUCAGUGGUUUUCAAGUUUCCUUUGAAAGAAACCACAUGAACUUUUAACAUCACGCAGAUCAACAGUAUAAAAACGUUUCCAAAAGAGUUAUUCUUUCCUGCUACAAAGCUGUAAACUAGAGAACAUUUUCAAUGAAAAUAAAACUUAUUUUCUUUUUAUACCAUCCAGAUCCAUCUGCAUUUCACUUUGAGAAGAAUUUCUCUUUGUUAUAUUUUACAGAAUCAUCCACCCUAAACACAGACACAUCACAAGUAGCAUGCUCUUUUCAAUUGGUUCUAAUGAAGUCAGAACUAAUUUUUGGAUGUAUUUGCACACAAAAUCAAGGCUUGCUAAAAUUUAUUAUAAUGCAUUUAUUUAUAAAGUACUGAGCCAGCCAAACAUUAAACCAACUCAAACUUGAAUGUAUGACACAAUAUACACCCUGCCCAAACUUGCCCAGCACAGUUAGGCUCAAGUUGGGAAGCCAGGUUUUGGUGGAAAGUAUUACACCACUGUCCUGGUUUUAGCUUUUUACUUAUUGAAAGGUUUUGGAGAGUAAGAAGGUGGGGCACUGAGUUCGGUCCUCCUUUAUGUAGUUAACCAAGUAAGACUUAAACCUACUCUUCUCCUGUUUGCCCUCUCCUCAGAAGAGUAUAGUGUAAGAUUUCAAUACAAGUAGCACCAUUGAAUGCCGAGGUAUCAUAAGAAUGUUACUGGAGAUCUUCAAAGCAUCUUCCAGUAUUCUGUGCUUUUGUAUAAGUAUUUAAUACUUGAUGUUGCACUCUCUCAAAAAGUAAUGGUGGAGUUUUUCUGUUGGGUUCUCACACAAAUUUUUCCAUCAUAAAUUGUCCAAAAUCAUCCAAACCAGCGCAAAUGAUCACCAAAAUUGAACUGAUGUUUUUUAAACACACAUUGUAGUGCACACCUGGAAUACUGUGUACAGUUUUGUUCUCCUUUCAAAGGAUAUGCUUGUCUUGGAGGCACUGGAACAAAAUUCUCGCUUGGUUUUUCGGAUGAGUGGUGUCCUGAGAGGUUAAAUUGUGAGGCCGUUCUCUCUCAGGUUCAGAAAAAUGGAGGUGAUCACAAAAUAAUGUACAUACUUCAGAUUUGCAAACUAGAAUUGAAGGCAUAGUCCUGGAAAUAAGGAUAGGACAUUCAGAAUUUUGGUAAGAAGGAAGUUCCGAGGAUUGAGAUUUUUUUUGGGGGGGGGGUGGAUUUUAUAUAUUAAAGAACUAUGCUUGUUCAGUUAUUAAGUGUUUGUAAUCAGAGAGGAAUGAGAGAGAGAAAGAUUGGAUAGGAAAAUGGAGUUCGGUAAAAGAGUUGCCAAAAUCUUGGUGAAUGGUAGUGAAGGCUCAUGGGUCUAUGCAGUCAACUCUUCCUAUUUUGAAUUGAUAACUUAUCUUUUGAAGAGUUAAAUAUUUAAGUGAUAUUUAGAUUAUUUUGUAAAUUAAAGCAAUGAAACUACUAAGAGCUUCUGCAUAUUUUAAAUAACAUUCAGUAAUUUCAAAUUAUUUGCAGGUCACAGUGGACAAUCAUGUUUAUUUUUUUGUAAUUAAAUCAUUUUAUGCUCAAUAAGUACACCAAGUUAGUUCUUUACCCAUACUACCUGUUUGUGCUUGUUACCAGCAUGUUUUGCAUCAGUGAGAGAGGUGAGUUAGGUGAAUCUUGGUCCAUAACACUUAAAGAAAGUAAGCACAAUUUGUACUGCAGCUUGCAGUCAAAGUAACAACUCUACCCCUGUAUCAUGAUGGUCAGCUUUAUUUUGACUUGAGUUUGAGCAUCUGGAAAUUGUAUUCAGAUAGUUAUGGUUCAUUUCAAGUGCAUUUUGCAUUCUGGGAGAGAUCACCUUCUGUUAGCACGUUUAAUCACCUUAUUCAUUCAUGUGAAAAUCAAUUUAAAUCUGAUAAAUUAGUGGUGAACUAGUGGUUCUCUGCUGUUUAAUUAAUUUUUAUUUUAUUUCUGUAAUUUAAAUAAUGGUUAUUGCCGUGGGUUGUUUUAACUUUAUCCUUAUGGUAAAACACUUUUUAAUGUUAUUCACUGGAUCUUUAGAUGGAAAUGGUUUGUGAAAAAGGCACUGGGAAUUUUACAAAAAAAUGUGUUUACUUAAAAUUGAAGUCCAAUAACUUAAAAAAAAACGACAUACAGUGCAUAGAUGUAACUUGCCCACCAGUUCUACUCUGACUCAUCUGUAUCAGAAACAAAAGAAUGUAUGGUUAAACUUGUUUGGAUUUCAUGUAAUUGUUCAUGCUGACACCAAUAAAUCUACAUCCAAUAAUUUAAAUAGUGUUUAA